UAACAAAAGACAUUUGACAGUUCGCUGUGUGAUGUGAAUGUCUUAUGUUUCUCUAGAAGCUGUUGAAGAGGAAGGAGACAUGAAAGCUGUGUUUGGUCUGCUGCUGAUAGUGCUCAGAGUGUGUCACGCUGUUGAGACGUCCUGUGAUGCCAGACAGGAUGGAGCUCAGUGUUAUGGAGCUGUGGGAGGAACUGUGGAGAUCAGACUGAUGGACAGCACCACAGGAAUACAUAGAUUCAUUUGGAAAAAGAAUACAUUAAGGAUUUUGAGAGGACAAGAGACAAAAAUUGUGUCAAAUCAGUAUAAGAACAGAUCCAUCUUCAUAUUGAAUAAUGGAACAUUUAGGAUCAGUAACUUAAACAGAAAUGACACUGGUACAUAUGAGCUUGAACUGAUUAAUUCAUCUGGCAUCAUAAUAGAAAGACGGACUCAAAUCCUGUCCAUCCAAGCUCCUGUGUCCUCUGUCCAGCUGGACUCUGAGUGUCUGUCUCAGGGGGGGAGGAGGGCGUCCUGUUCCUCUGAUGGAGGGGACAGUCCUCAUUACAGCUGGACUCUGGAUGGACACACACUGAAGGACUCUCAGCUCCUCUAUGGAAAUCAAACAUCCAACAACAUCAUUCUGAGAGAAGACGUCUCAGGACAACUGGUCUGUUCAGUCAGUAACCAUGUCAGUAGUGUCUCUAAAGGGGAGAGGAUUUCUACCUGUGUAUUCAUUAACUGCACUUUCAGCAGUGGGACGCAGAUUUCACAGUGGCUGCCUGAAGAAAUCGAAUCCCUGUGUUUUGAACCAACAACACCCCCUGAUUCUACCGUGGCUAAGGAGAGUGACAGUACUAACUCCUCUAAUACAACAUCCAUCAAACCAAAUAAUGAUUCGUCUCUGCUGGCAUGCAUCCUGAAAGCAGUUGUUAUCACUCUUUUAUUGCUGGGGAUGGCCGUCUUUUUUGGUUGGAGAAAGUGGAAUGACAAGAAAGCUGAAGCCUCUACCACAACAAGAAGAACUCAGUACCAAGAGAGCUCCUUUUCCAUGGCUGAAGUGAGAAGCUCUGCAUCCCAACCUUAAGUUUAUGAAACCAACAGUGGGAUCAUAUCAGUUUCAUCCUAAAUGAUUUGUCUGAAUUAAUCAGAGCUGUACAUGUAGGCAGGUCUAGACAGUGUAUUUUCCUUCUGUGCAUUAUUUCUGUUACCUUGGUCAGUGUAUUGACUGGGUUCAUAUGUUCUACAACAAGCGCUUAUAUUGUCACAUUUACAAUACAAUUCACUUUAUGUUAUCUGGUAAUCAGUAUACUAUGGAUUUGUAAUGGUUUUAUUCGCUGCCAUUUGCUUUUGUUUUUAUCACAUAUUUUCACCCUUAAAUUGAUCUAGUCCCAUGUACUUGUCAACAUUUUGAGUAUUUACACCGUCACAUUUUCUCUGCUUUGGUUUUUAGACUCUUUAUCAGUAUUCUUACAUAUGAAGUUUUUUGUCUAUGAUGUACAGUACAUAUAUAUGCACAUACAUAUGCACAUGCGCACGCACGCACGCACAUGCACAUACACAUAUACAUGUACAAAUACACAUGCACAUACAUUUACAAAUACAUUAUAUAAAUGUUUUGUCUCUUUUCAUGAAAUGAUUGUGACAAUGUGAUUUAUUCAUUGUGGGAUAAAAUGUAACUCAGUAUGAAAUCAUUGCAACAGGACAAAAAUGAUUAUUGAUGUGUAUAAAUAGGAAUAAAAAGAGAAAUCUGUCUGAAAACA